UCUACUACUCUGCCCUCAGUUACGAAGAGCAAGGCUCGACUGCAGUUCACCUUCCCAGAUAUACCCCACUUCCAUUCUUUUUAGAUUUGUUGUUGUUUGUCUUUGAAGAACUUUCCAAGAUGAAGUUCCUCGCUGCUACCCUCCUUGCCGCCACGGCUUCGGCUCACUACACAUUCCCGGCCCUUGUUGUCGAUGGAAAAGCUACCAACCAGUGGCAGUACGUUCGUAAGACUACGAACUUCCAGUCCAACGGCCCUGUCACAGAUGUCACCUCUUCCCAAAUUCGCUGCUACGAACUCAGCCCCGGCACAGGCGCCGAGACCUACGAAGUAGCCGCCGGCUCCACUAUCGGCUUCACCGCCCAAACCUCCAUCUCGCACCCGGGAACCCUCCAAUUCUACGCCGCCAAGGUCCCCGACGGCAAGACAGCCGCGAACUGGGACGGCAGCGGCAACGUGUGGUUCAAGCUCUUCGAGCAAGGCCCCACCAUCUCCAACGGCGCCCUCAGCUGGCCCUCGGACGGCAAGCAGCAAGUCUCGAUCCCCAUCCCCAAGUCCCUCCCCUCGGGAGAGUACCUUUUCCGCGUCGAGCACAUUGCUCUACACUCGGCCAGUUCGGCUGGCGGUGCCCAGUUCUACAUUUCCUGCGCACAGGUCAAGGUCACCAACGGUGGUAACGGAAGCCCUGGUCCCCUUGUCAGCUUCCCUGGUGCCUACAAGGCCACCGACCCGGGGAUCAUGAUCAACAUCUACUACCCCAUCCCCACUAGCUACACUCCUCCUGGCCCCAAGGUCUGGAGCGGUUAA